AUGUCGACAGUUAUUUCUUCUAGCCCCCUUGCUCUAAGACCUGAUUCUUUAAGAUUCCAAAAUUUUAUUGGAGAAAAGAAGAACAAGCCAUCUAUCACCACCACUUCCACCACCUCCAUUUCUUCUCCUAGUUCUAGUGUUUCGUUAAAUAUGUUUCAAGAACAUGACGAAGAAAUAUUAAACAAUACUGAAGCUCCUCAUUUUGAAUACGUCUCCUAUGACAAAGUUCAAGAUCUAUAUGAACAAAGAAAAGGUCAUUUCUAUUUCAUCCCUGAAGGUUUCGAGCCUGUCUUGGUACCAAAUGAUACAGCAGCUCAAACAGUAACAAAUCUUUUGGAAUCAACAAAACCGGUCUCAGCUACUCCAAAUGUAUCAAGAAUGCUUCCUGACACCGAUGUUCGUCUUCCUUCAUAUGCACUACCAUGUGGCGUCAAUACAAAUUCAAAGAAAGACAAUGCUAACGCAAACAAGGCCAACAGCAAACCAAAGAAAACUCCACGACCUCCGAACGCCUUUAUCCUCUACAGAAGAGCAAAGCAACCAGUUAUAGUUGCUCAAAAUGCUGGAAUCUCUAAUAAUGAUGUUUCCAAAGAAAUUGGAAAAAUGUGGCAUGAAGAAUCUUUGGAAGUUAGACUCAAGUAUCAGAAGUUGGCAGAAAAGGCCAAAGAAGAGCACACAAAGAGAUUUCCUGAGUACAAAUAUAGACCUCGCCGUCCACAAGACAAGAAACGUCAUUUACAACAACCACCACCACCAACAGCUCACGUAGGGAAAGAGAGUUACAAAGGAAGUGAAGAGGGAAGAGAAGGAAAAAUAUUAAUGAAGUUAAACUUUGAAUAUUAG